AUGCUGUCAACCUCCACCUUUCAUCAUCAUCAUCAUCCAUUGCUGCCAGCUCUAUCUUCAUCACCCGGCCGCCGGCGGAGAUCCUCAGCUGUUCUCGCUUCCUUAAGCGGCGGCGGCGGCCGAGCGGAGAACGAGGGGAGGAGAGCGGUGGACGAGAGCUUGGUGGUGCUAAGGAUGCGGAUCAAGGAGUUGAAGGCGGCGGAGAGGUGCGACCACCCGCCGUCCCACUGGAUGGAAUGGGAGAAGCGCUACGCCGCCCACAACGCCUACGGCUCCGACGUCUGCGACGCCGUGGGCUUGCUCCAGAACCGCCUGAUGGACUCCAGGCCCAGCCUGGCGCUGGGAGCGGCGGUGGUCGUGCUGCUGAGCUUGCUAUUCUCCGCCGGGGUUGUUCUGGUCUGCGGCGUCGAGAUUGUCAGGCGAUUCCUCGGUUGCGUCUCCUGGCUGUUCUUCCUCAAUUUAUAA